AUGCCAGUAGCAGCGCCUCCGCAUAAUGACGGCAUCCUGGAGACGCAGGGCGCAGAGAAGUCUGGUCUAGAUGGCAAUCGAACGCCAGCCCUCGCGCAUCGGAUGAAGCACGACAAAUCGAUCCUCGCAUUAGCAGUGUCAUCACAGUACAUCUUCGCUGGAACACAGGGCGGGGAGAUCCUAGUCUUCAGCCUCGAUACCUACGAGCGACGCAGCGUCAUACACGCGCACAAGGGCAGCGUACUCGGCUUGUGUCUGUCGCAUGACCGCAAGUGGCUGUUCUCGAGUGCAGCAGAUCCGAUUGUCAAUGUCUGGUGCACGUCGACCUUCAGACACCUCUACGCGCUCUGGUCGCCAUACGAUAUCGGAGACAUCUUCUGCGUCGCAUACUCCUCCCAACAUCGUACCGUCUACCUCGGAGCCCAGAACACAAGCAUACAAUGGUACGAUUUGAAAGAGAAAGACACUAGACCGGCCCCGAGUCUGUCAUCGCAUCCUGCAGAGCGAAAGAACAAAUUCUUCGACUCCCUAGGACCGGGCGGCGCGCAAACCCCGAAGCCCAGCGGGGCAGAUACGAGACCACGCGACGCAGUAGGCGGGCAAGAACUGCAAAUCGACAGCCAUGACAUCUGCCAAUUCGCCCACUACGGAUACGUACAUUGCAUGCUCCUGGGCAGCGGCAUCAUACCGGAGGCGCCGUCCGAGGAGAUUCUGGUCUCGGGUGGAGGAGACGGGCGUAUCUUGCUGUGGCGCAUAGAUCCCGCACAGCGUGGUGCCAUCACAAGCCUCUACACAUUGGAAGAUGGGAGGGAGGAAGGUGAAUCCAUACUUUCACUCGCCAGAGAGGGCUCUUUCCUGUACAGUGGGCGCUUCGACGGCGAGGUCAACGUGUGGGAUCUUGAAACCCGACAACUAGUGCGAAGUUUGAAAGCGACUACCGGUGAUGUUCAUACCCUAACAUUGGGUGCCGGCGUUCUGUACGCUGGUGGUAAAACUGGUGUAAUGCAGAAAUUCAACGAGCAUUACGAAUCCAUCACGACCUUCAAGGCACACGACGGCCUAAUUCUCGCUUCCGCGUUUACCAGAUACAACGAUAAGCCAACCCUCGUUACCGGCGGCAAUGACAAUACUGUGGUUAUCUGGGAGGUCAGAGAUUGUGCGGAGCCCAACGCCGUCUCACGCAGAAGCAACAACGAUCUCAUGGUGGAGUCAUUGAGACAAGGGGCGUCUUACUUGCGUUCCGUCUUCCAGAAUUUUGGCGCUGUUACCGAGAUGAUCAACACAAGCGAGUACAACCCCAUUGUGUUUGCAAAAUUUCGCGGCAACCCGGCUACAGCGGCCUCACGGAAGAAAAUUCUGUUCUACGGACACUACGAUGUUAUCCCUGCAGAAAAUGAACACCGCAAGUGGAAACACAAUCCCUUCGAGCUGACGGGAGAGGGAGGCUAUUUAUAUGGUCGCGGGACGUCUGACAACAAAGGGCCGAUUAUGGCUGCCAUCUACGCGGCUCAUGAGCUUGCAAACGAACAGCGCCUGGAUUCCGACAUCAUCUUCCUCAUAGAAGGUGAAGAGGAGAGUGGCUCUCGCGGUUUUGAAAGAGCUGUGCAAGCCAGGAAAGAUCUCAUUGGUGAUGUUGACUGGAUCCUCCUGGCCAACAGCUAUUGGCUCGACGACCACGUGCCUUGCCUUACUUACGGACUUCGAGGAGUCAUACAUGCUACUGUACAGAUUGAGAGUAAGCAUCCUGACUUGCACAGUGGUGUGGAUGGAAGUGCUUUGCUAGACGAACCGCUCAAAGACCUUGUUAUGUUGCUAUCACGAUUGACUGCACGACACGGCAAGGUUCAGAUCCCAGGUUUCUACGACCCUAUCCUACCUUUGACAGAGGAUGAGGAGGGGCUCUAUACCGAGAUUACCGAAACACUUUUACGUGGUAACCCAGAUCUUGGCGAUGCAGGAGAGCUAGCACAGUCAUUGAUGCGCAGAUGGCGAGAGGCUUCGCUCACCAUCCAUCGCUUCCAGACCUCUGGUCCUGAUAACUCAACUAUCAUCCCUCGUCUUGCUAAAGCUGCCUUAUCGAUACGACUGGUACCGAAUCAAGAAGCUGGCGACGUAGCAGAGAGUCUGAAGUCCUUCAUGCAAUCCGAGUUUGAAGAUCUUGACUCAAAGAACCAGCUCAAGGUAACAAUUGACCACCAAGCCGAGCCGUGGCUUGGCGAUUUCAACAACGAGAUCUUCCAGACGCUUGAGCGUGCCAUCAUGUCAGUAUGGGGUCCAACGCUUGGGCAGAGAAGAGAGAGCAUGUCUGUAGUUCAGCCGCCCGACUACUUCUCGCCAUUAUCACGAGCAGCGGCCGAGCCUUCAGCACCUACUACCAAAGACAAGCCUGCGCCAGCGACAUCUAACACCCUGGCCAACUCAUCCGAUCCGGCUCUCGCAGGGCCUGUCCCAUCAUCUGGCAACUCGACGCCGGACCACACUCGAAGCGAAGCAGCGUCUCGUAAGCCUCUGUACAUCCGGGAAGGUGGCUCUAUCCCCAGUAUAAGAUUCUUGGAGAAAGAGUUCAAUGCACCUGCUGCGCAUCUGCCGUGCGGCCAAGCAAGUGACAGCGCGCAUUUGGACAACGAGCGCCUGAGGUUAGUCAACCUGUACAAUAGCAAGAAGAUCUUCAAGGAAGUCUUCCGGGAGCUGCCGAAGAAAUGA